AGUGCUUUUUAGAGCUACGUAGAGAACAGACGGCCUUCCCAAAACACACACACACGCACACACGAGCAUAGAGGCGGCAAAAGAAGAACAACGGAAAAACAAAAACAAAGAGCAACAGAGGCGGCGACAGCAACAACAGCAAAGGUGACGAUUCAAAAGCAGCGAAUUUUGAGCGCCAAAAACAAAAGAAGGCAACAUCACAAAGAGCAUCGCCGCUUUUUUUUUCAGUGCAAGUGUGCUUAUAAUUAUAGCUCUGCUGUAUACAUACGUACGUACGUAUGUGUGUAUGUUUAUGAGCGCGUAAUCAAAUACAAAUCAGUAAAAUAACAAAAAUCUUGACGUAAUCGCUAAAAUGCAAAGCAAACGACACGAAAACGAGCAACAAUAACAAAAGCGAAUUGAAUUCUUUUUGUGUCGGUUUUUCGGUUUUUAAUUUGCAGCUUACGGGCGGACAAAAAGAGACGGAGCGCAAACAGACUCGCGUGUUGUGUUGUAGUAUUUGUAGUUAUUCUUUUUUUUUGUCGUGUAGUGCCCGUGUUUGCCGUUAUGCAAAGAUUUCAUUGUUAUUAGUCAGCAAACGUCAACAGGCAGCAACAACAACAGCAACAACCAAAACGGAAACGUCUUCAAGCUGGCCAAAUUGAAGCGGAAACGGUAGCCAAACUGAAGCACUUGUCGGAGAGCGUCUCGGUGCUGCUGAAGAUCGCCAGGAUCGCCAACAUGGACAACAGCAUCGUCGAGGAGAACGGCAACUCGUCGGCGGCAUCGGGCUCCAAUGACGUGGUCGACGUGGUUGCCCAGCAGGCGGCGGCGGCAGCGGGGGGUGGCGGCGGCGGCGGAGGAGGAGGAGGAGGUAACCCCCAGCAGCAACAAAACCAACAAAGUACAACGGCCGGCGGACCAACGGGGGCGACAAACAACGCCCAGGGAGGAGGCGGAGGAGGAGCCACCGUGCUGACCACCACCGCCAACUGUAACAUACAAUACCCCAUCCAGGCGCUGGCGCAGCACGGACUGCAGGUGCAAUCCGUGAUACAGGCCAAUCCCUCGGGAGUCAUACAGACAGCAGCUGGAACCCAGCAGCAACAGGCGCUGGCCGCCGCCACGAUGCAGAAGGUGGUCUAUGUGGCCAAGCCGCCCAACUCCACGGUUAUCCACACGACCCCCGGCAAUGCAGUGCAAGUGCGUAACAAAAUCCCUCCAGCAUUUCCGUGCAAGAUCAAACCCGAACCGAACACGCAGCACCCGGAGGACAGCGACGAGAGUCUGUCGGACGACGAUUCCCAGCACCACCGCAGCGAGCUGACGCGACGGCCGUCGUACAAUAAGAUCUUCACCGAGAUCAGCGGACCCGAUAUGAGCGGCGCAUCGCUUCCCAUGUCCGACGGCGUGCUCGGUUCCCAGCUGGCGGGGAGCGGAGCGGGGGGCAAUCCGGCGAACAGCUCCCUGAUGCAGUUGGACACCUCGUACUACCUGUCCAAUCGGAUGUCCUACAACACCAACAAUAGCGGGAUAGCGGAGGACCAGACCCGGAAGCGAGAGAUCCGGCUGCAGAAGAACAGGGAGGCGGCGCGGGAGUGUCGGCGCAAGAAGAAGGAGUACAUCAAGUGCCUGGAGAAUCGAGUGGCGGUGCUAGAGAACCAAAACAAAGCGCUCAUCGAGGAGCUCAAGUCGCUAAAGGAGCUCUACUGUCAGACCAAGAACGAUUGAAUGUGGGCGGGGCUCUGGCGCCGCCUGCGCCCCCGCCUCCAGUUACGGUUACGGUUACGGCGACGGCUGCGCUGCGGUUCCGUUCUGGACAACGCCCGACAGCAGCGACGGACGAUCGAUCCUCCCCGUGGGCCGGCCGCAUAUCAUGAUUUAUAUACGUAUAGGAUGCUAUAUGUGGUAGCGUGUACAUUUACUGUAUGAUGAACUGUAAGAUGGGGGGGAUCGUGUUGUUGUUGUUAGGACGCAACGGACGAACGGGCGGGCAGAUAUACACCUGCCGGACGGACGAGCAGAACACACAAUGUAAUUAUGUUUAUAAUUUAAUGAUGUAAUAUUAUGUUUAUGAUUUAGUUUAUGCCUUAGUUUAUUUGCUAAUUUAACGACACUGAAGUUUACCCACGAACAUGUGUUUCUGUAUCCUAAGAGCCCAUUACCAACCUACCUACCCUACGGAUUCAACCCGCAUCCGCAUCCCUUUUGUAAUUAAAUUUUUUGUUUUACCUAAUUCGUAAUCGUUGCAGGACGUGCGUGUCUAGCGAAAGUGUUUUUUAUUAGCGAAUUGUUGUAAGCCAAUAUGUCAGGAUAUAGUCAACCAACCCCCCACGGAUAUGCAGAUAGGAAAGAUAGGUAGAAAAGAAGGCGGCGGGCCUGGGAAGGGGGUUCCGAGCCUCCCCCCAAUUAAAAUUGUUCAAAAAUCGCAAGUUUCAGUUGAUUUGUGUGUAUGUACGUGUGUGCCGGCCGAUUGUAACUGUAAAAUUAGGUUUUAAUCGGAAAAUCUAUUUGGGAUUUGAGCAUGGAAUUUGGUAAUUCAAACACUUUGUUACAUAAUUUUAAACGAAUCGAAAACUCCAUUCUUGUCCCCCAGGAAAAUGGUUUUGUAUGGAACUUUAUGCGUAGUUAGCGAACACUUUUUGUAUUUUGUGAAUUUCUUUGGAACCGAAGGGGGGAACAUUUAAUAGGGAAGUCCUGCCCCUGGCGAAUCAUCGAAAAAAUAGGUAUUUUGGCCGGAACACACGUAGGCAUAUGUAUAUGCAUAUGCAUUAUAUAUAUAAAGCAAACACUCUCGUUAUCUCUUGUGAUCAACUCAGUUGUUGUUAUGAAUGGUAGAAACGGACGAAGGGACGGACAAAUACGAUUAAUUAAUGAUGAAUUCGGGAGACAGAGAUCGAACUUUUAUAUCUAGCGUAGCGCAACGGAAACAAUGUCAAAAUGAAAACCGGAAACGGAAAUAAAACCAUAAGAAAACGUGUAUGUAUA